AUGAUCCUAAAAAUUAGAUAACUCUUUUCUACGAUUGCAGAACCAGUCUAAGGAAGCAAAUAAUGGAUGAAGUUCUUUCAAAAUUCCACUGGCAUACAGAUAAACAUUGAAAGGAGUUUGAAAAAUGAAGCUAAUGAAAAUCUCAAUUACUAUGUUCGCUAAAAUUACAAAACUUUUACUUAAGAAUAGUUGUUUCAAGCAUAUAUUAAAAGGGAUUUGCAGUUCGAAAUUUAAAAAUAAGUGUAAAUGGAAGUUUUAGAGCGAUUUGUAGCUGAUUAAAUGAAUUUUAGUGAAAAUAUGCUAUUAUCAUAUUUGAACAAGGAAGCUUAAUAGUUGCCUGCAUAUUAUUCCGUAAUAGCGUAAAACCUGCUUUUAAAUGGCCUCAAAAUCUUUGAUUAACUAAAUAUCUAUUAAUAGAUAGAAUAUAUGAGAUUAUCCAUAUAAUCAGGACUUCUGCAUCCAGAUAUCGUCUAGAAAUUCCUUCAAAAUCUAAAAAUAGAUGAUCAAUUGAUAGAUUCCUUAUCAUUGCUUUAAUUCAGAAACAUAAUGACAUUAUUUGAAUAUUGUGCAGUUUCACCCUAUGAAUUAGGAUUAUAAGCAGGGUUCUUAGAUUACUUUAUUAAUAAAUACAUAUAAAAAUUAAGUAAUUUUGAACUAGUGGCUUCUGAAAUAAUGAAAUAUGAAUUUUCUUAACUCAUGAUAAAUAAUCAUUUAAGUUUUUUGAGUGAAGAAUAAUACUCCGAGAUUAAGAUUGCUUAUGCUAAGAUUCUUGAGAAGUUGUUCAACAAGAAUUACAAUUUUAUUGUACAGCGAAAUUUGAACACUAAGGAUGUGGCUAAGAAAUUGUUAUGGAUUUAUUCACCAGACGAUUUUAAGUUAAUACAAAUGUCUAUUAAUCAUAUAAUCACAAAUACUAUAAAUUAAGGAGAAUUCAAGGCUGAUCACAUGAUAUAUGCGUUGCCAUUAUAUUUUAAAUACUUCUCCCCACAAUUGUACUACAUAUCAUUAAAGCAAUGCCACAAAUAAAUUUCCAAUUACAAAGUCUAAAAGAAUGAUAUAAAAUAAAUCGUGUAUUUAUUGAAUAGCAAUUCUCUAAAAGGGUUUCGAUCUAUAAUGAGUGAUCAAACUAUGAUUGAUGAAGUUGAUAAUUUCAUCAGAAAUUCACUUAUAACUUACCUAGCAAAUGUUAAGGAUUAGGAAUUGUUGAUUUUUGAAGAGGCUUUGAAUCCAAAUAUGGAACAAGAAGUAGAAUUUGAAUUCAAUGAUUCUGAAUAUUCAGAAAUCCUGCCAUAUUAUUAAAAUUAUAAUAAAAAUUUAGAAAUCUAAAAUCAGCUUAACUAAAGAUAAUUCAUAAUUAAUUUGACAGAGAAAUUCAAUGUUUUAUAAACUAAUUUGCAGAAAAAUGGAUUCCAAAGAAUAUCUACUUCCAAAACGAAUAAGAGGGUUUUAGUUUUAGAACCCAUACUCACUUACAUCGAAGCUUUGUAUUAUACAUCUAUUUUAGUACCUGACUUCUAGCCAUAGACAAAAAUAUUUAAAACACCACAAAUUCUUAAAUUAAUCAAUAACCUCAUUUAUUUACCUAAUCUGUUGGAACAUCUAGUUUAGGUGAAUCAAAUUUGGCCUAAUUUAUUCAAUGAACAAUUAAAAUCCCUCAUAAAUGCUAAUAAAAAAAAGAUAGAUGAAGUAUAUAAUACUUGUUAAGACUGCCAAGAAUUCAUUGACAAAAUUGAAUAACAAUUAAAGAAGAGUGAACUGGAGAAAUCUAGAAAGUUACAUUAUAGAAACAGAACCUAUCAAGGAUUAUUAUCGAUAUUCAACUUUGUUCGUUCCAAGCCCCACACUAAACUGUCUCCAAUAUUGAAGAAUCCAUUUGAAGAGUAUUCAAUCGAGGAAACAUAUUCAAAUUAGGAAAUGAAUAUGUUUUGGAAACUGUCCCAAAUAAGUGACAAUGUGAUUUAGCAUACACAUUUUAAAGAAUUAGUUUGGUAAGCACUCAAACUUGAUAAAAAUUAAUGGAUCAUGAAUUAUAGUGAUUUCCCUCAUAUUGCUGACUUUGCUUGUCCAAAACAGAAGGUGGUCGUAUUUUUGGAGGAGUACCCUCGUUUAAUUAGAGGAUUGGAUAAAGUGUAUACAGCAGAAACAGAAAGGGCAGUUGAGUAAUUCUCUAAACUUGGAUAUCAAGUUGUGUUUAUAGAUUAUAAUGUAUAUCAUCCAGACACUGUGUAGUUAUUGAGCAUUUUGAAAUAAAAGUUUUUAUUUCGUUAUAAUUGA